UCUCCCUGCCUCAGGCCUGUCAACUGUCCCACCAGAGGAUCCGCUGUCCUUCCCGGAGCCCAUGGCCGGCCUUUCCUCCAUUCUGUGGACCCUCUUGCCUCUCUCUUGUCCUUCGCCCAAGCCGCUUGGUCUCCCGGGCCUCUGAGGGGCUCCUGCUUCCUGCCGUAACUGUGAGACCUACCCACCAGCCACCAUGAGGAAGGCCCCCCUCACCAGCAGCGAAUAUUCAUUCGGGGGCUGGAUCCCCCUGCUCGGGGGGCUGCAUAAGACCCUUCAGUCCGGCGAGUACAUGCCCCUGCGGCCUCUGCCCAUGUUUGAGAGCCAGUUCGUUCAGGUGACGAAGAGGGGGCAAGCCGUCGACCUGCACAACCGCGUCAAUCGCGUGGCCCUGGGUAUUGCCGCGUCCAGGCCGGGGCUGCCGCUUCCCGACCUGCUGCUGGUGGCCCGCCCCUCCUCCCCUCCGGAACCUCCCGGCCUCGUCCUCACCCGGAUGUUCCCCAUGGACCAGGUCCGCCUGUUUAUCCACGACAUGUCUGUGCAGCGGAUAAAGAUGCGUCUGGCCACGGGUCGCUCCUUCUACCUGCAAAUGGACAUGCCGAGGGACGAGGCGGGCUUUGCCUUCGACCGCUGGCUCCGCAUCAUCUACCUCUUGCGCGGCCCCCCUCCGCCCUGGGACCGCCAGCCUUCCCAGUCCCCCACUCAGCAGCCCAGCCUCACGCCUUCCAACCGCUCCACCCGAUCUUCGCUCAGGACCCAGGGCCGGCACCUCCCGGAAGAGGAUUCCGCUCAGGGACUUCUCGCCGAGCAGGGAGAGUCCGCUCUCAGUAUGGACAGGCGAACCGACACCUCCCAGUCUGGGUCUUCCCUGAUGAGUCAGUAUUCGCGGAGCGCUUCCAGCAACAUCACCAUGCAACACGGCCCCCCCCGGCACUGGAAGGAUCUGUGGAGAGAGGAUAUGGAAAAUAUAUUGGUUUCCCGCCCAGUGGGAAACUCACUGCCACUGAUCCGGACCCCCAUACCAGGGACAUCUCGGGAAUCCAGAUAUCAACAGCCUCCAACCCGCCCCAGAUCACCGCGCGCGGCCUCGCAGACGAGGGCCUCUUCUAGACACUCAGCUGAGAGGCCUAAAUCACAAGACAAAGGCCACCCGACCAUCAACACCAUCUUCAGCGCCGUCUCCCGCUCGUUCCACAAGCCCCGGGGUCUUCCCUCACACAAGUCCAGCUGGCUCUUCAGUGGAAGCAGCAGUUCCAAGAAGAGUAGUGGAAGCCGCUUUUCAGAGGCUAAAAUUCCCUCUUCCUUUGACCCUUUCCUGGGUCCCAACCGCCUGGAAGCCCCUUGGUUGGAGUCCUUCCCCAGCGAGAAGAACUGGAGAGCGCUGGACCCUCGGGAGCUAAUGGACACUGUCGACUCCUCCUCUUCCUCGUCCUCCAUCACCUUCCCCGCCUCCAGCCCUCCGCCGGAACCGCAAGAAGGGGCGGCGCCCUGGACCUCCGCCCUGCUGGAAGGGACCGAGUGGGAAGGCCAGAAGAGACAGAGCCCAGGGAGAGGGAGAAGAGGGGCCGCGGCAGGCCGUGGCCAGGGAGGGCCGGCCCCAGGCAGAGCAGACGGGGGAUUGAGCGGGGGCCUCCUCGUUGCAUCCAGGCCGAGAUCCAGUGAGAAAUCUGGGGUGUCCUGGGCGGAUUCCACCGAGAGACCCGAUGGGAAUGCCUCGGCCAGGGUGCCGGGAGCUUCCCACAGGAGCUCCAGUGAGCGAUUCAGAAGAGGGGCGUCCCCAGAAAAAUCCAAGAGGGUUCCCGGUGGAAAAUCGAGCGUGGUGUCCUGGGCGGAUUCCGCCGAAGGAUCCCUUGAGCAAUUCCCCGAGAGAGCUGUGGGAGUCUCUGAGAGGAGCCCCCACGUUUCUCCCACUGAGCGAUCCAGAAGAGGAGCUUCCUCCGAGAGAGCAGAGGGCACUGAGAGAUCUCACGGACGACCCGCCGAGAGGGCCCCGGGAGUUUCCGAGAGGAGCCCCCACAGAGCCGCGACCGAACGAUCCAGAAGAGGGGUUUCCUCCGAGAGAGCCCAGGAGGGUACCGGCGGUGCCGGGCGCCGGGCAGGGAGCGCCGAGAGAUCUCACGGACGCCCCUCGGAGCCAUCCGUGGGAGUUUCUGAGAGGAGCCCCCGAAUUCCUCCGACCGAACGGUCCAAGAGAGGGGCUUCCUCUGAGAGAGCCAAGGGGGGCUCCGGUGGUGCCGGGCCCCGGGCCGGGAGCACCGAAAGGUCUCACGGGCGACCCACCGAGAGAGCCACGGGAGUUUCCGAGAGGAGCCCCCACAGAACUGAGACCCAGCGAUCCAAAAGAGGGGCUUCCUCCGAGAGAGCCCAGGGGGGUGCCAGCGGGAGGUCUACGAGGGUGUCCCCGUCUCACGGACGACCCGCAGAGAGAUCCACGGGGGGUUCCGGUGGAAGACCUGGCGUUUCCGCCAGCGAGCGAUCUGGAAGAGGGGUUUCCUCCGAAAGAGCCAAGGGGGGGCCCGGCGGAAGACCCAGCGCUGCUCCAGACAAACCAUCCGGAAGAGGGGCUUCCUCCGAGAGAGAAUCCCCGAAACUCUGAACUGUGGACCACUCCCCGCUACGGAGCCUCUCUCUCCUGAGAUCAGGCUCCGCUGCAGCCCGGAGCCAAAGCCAGGUUCCUGUUGCUCUUACCCACCCCCAGGCCUGGGAGCAGAAGCCCCACUUGGGAAUGGAAAAGUUGCAGCGGCUCUCCCGCCGGGGGGAUUUGGGAUUCGGGGAUCUGGCCGGCCCUCUCCCCGUUCUCCAUUAAAAACCUUUCCCAGAGACCA